CGAGAAAGCUGACCACCAAUUUCUUACUUUUAUCUUAGGCCCAUCAGAUAGUCGCUUCAAAUUGGCUAAUUGGUUCCUGUUCAGUGUAAAUGCUCAUCCAUGACAUUGACAAUGUAUGGUCAAGGACUUGCCGUUUUAGCUGGAUUCUUUGCGGCAGUUGCAUCUCUUGUUGGAAAACUUGCCAUGGCUGGAAAGGAAACGAUGGAACUUUGUGAGCGUCUUGAAGACGCUCUUAAGCAGGACAGACUUAUAGAUAAUCUGGACUGUCAAGCUAUCGUUGCCUAUGUCCGCCUUGGCUGCUUUGUUCUCAUCUUCCUCUUCAACGCCAUCAUGUGGACAUGCUUCGUCAAGGCCCUCCGCGGAUGUAAUUCUUCUGUAGAAGCUGUGGUAACAAACACUGCUGCCAACUUGUUUUGCACGGCGAUAUUUGGUCGCGUGUUCUACAAGGAAACAUUAUCAUUGAUGUGGUGGAUGGGAGCGACACUCAUUCUCGUUGGCCUGGUCGUGAUCAGUCAGGGUGGAACCAGCCUUGUUGAGGAUGACAAAGUUAAGAAGCAGAAAUAAGACUUCAAAUUGAAUCUACAGAAAUUGGUAGUCAAGAGUGAGAGAUGGAUAACGAACAAAGCCAGACGUGCCGCGUUGUUUCAGAUGAGCAGUGGAGGAGCAGACUACAGUUUGAGAUAAAUGACGAUUGGUGACUGUUUGAGGAGAAAAUGUGCUGAAUCCAAACCCGAUUGUCAACGAAUAUCUUAAACAUGUUUAGGACGGUGGUAACAUUUUGUCAAAUGAGUUGCUGGAAGGAGAACUGAUGGCCAGACUGCUAUUGGGAUACCACUUAAGUCGAGAGUGUUUGGAGGUCAAUCUUCUCUAAGUCAAAUGCUAAGAAGAGGAGACUGUUCUGAUAAAUUGGUUGCAACUUUGUUGGGACUGUGUCAAACGUGCUACUGAAAGAGGGAUUGCUGAGGCACUGGUACGAAUGUUUUAGGUACACCAGCAAUCAAGAAAGUAGCUCGAUAUGGCCAUGUUUAGUAGAAUGUCUUUGGCUACUGAGCCACUGAUAGCUAUCUCUGCAGCACUGGGACAGCAUCCAGUAAGAGGAUGCAGGCAGAGUUGCUUUGGUAAUAUGGCGGUGCGCGCUGGGCCAUUCCAUUUCCCGGAUUUUCCCGGAGUCGCUAUGGUAGAAAGUGAGAUGGAGGGAAAAUGGAAGUCACAUGGUCUGGUUGAAGAACUGAGGAGAACAGUGUUAGGACAUGAGGGGGACAUCAUGUUUUCAACACGUUUGGGAUGAAUUGACUUCAUCGAGGUGAUAGCAGUUAAUGGAGAUAACAAUAACCUUGACAUUGAUAACAAUAACCUUGACAUUGAUAACAAUGACCUUGACACUGUUUGAUUGCGUUGUGGCAGUUGCGAGUCUGAAACAAGUGAUCAAUUAAGAACUUUACAGGAAAAUUUUGACCUAAGGUUCUAUUGCAGGAACUAGACUUGUUUGAAGAGGCAUUGUCUGGUUUGUACAAGACUUCACGUUUACAACUAUAUUUGAGGUACAUGUAGGUAAGUGAUACCAGUAUAAAUCGUCAUUAUUUCUUAGGACAGUGACACUUGCUAGGUCAGAGAAAACUCGGUGAUCUCACAAAUAACCUUCCACCUUUACAGAGUGUGUUGGAGAUGAUGGCAAUUUUGCAGAAUGGACAGAUUGCGUAAGGAGCAUUCCUUGUGUAGCCAAAGUCUGGCGGUCUGCCCCCAGCGUUGGUCAGUCUGCUGUGAAGGACGGGAGGGGUGAGGAGUGAGGGGAAUCAUCACUACGGCUAUAGAGACUGGUUCUUAGGCACUUUUCUCCUGACUUACAUGUAGCCUUUCUGACAGCAGAUUAGACAUAUAUAAUUAAUUGGAGAGCCUUCGAUACUACCAUAGACCAGUCGUGCAGGGUGAAAUCCCAACCUGACUUGCGUUUGAAUUCACGAGACCAGCACAGAGCUCCUAGGUAACCGGAAGACCGGCAGAGCUUGUCUAUUUGAAAUGCAUUUAGUUCAGCCAGGUUCUCCGGUGUGGAGAUGACUUUGGAUUGAUAUUGUGAAGAAGCCUUGUGAUUCUGAGUGCAGUCACUAAAAAAGAUGUACUCAAAGUAAGUGAAAAUGGACACUAGUUUCAUUUUCCAAUGAAACUCUUCCCUCGUAAGCUUACUUCUAUUAUUUCAUUCAGAAAAUUAUUUUCUUUCUUGAUUUUAGGUUUUUUUGCUUCUGCAUAGAAAUAGAAUGUGUAUGAUGUUGAGUAAGUUGACGUUUUAUAUUCAUAUCUAACAAUCUAAAUCCUUCACCAUCUUCACUGAAACCUCUCACAGACAAGCUGUCUACGAAUCUUAUCUAACAAUCUAACUCUUUCAGUGCCAGAGUGUUUCCAAUUAUGGCCCGCAAGGAAUACACAACACAGGUUUUUCAAGAUUUUGUAAAAUAUGAAAAAAAUUUAAAUAAAGGAGAUGAUUCCAUCGAA